AUGAAUGAGAAGAUAUCUUGGAUCUUUCCAAUCAAAGGUGUUACUGAAAGUAUUUCUACUUAAACUCUAUUUCAUUUCAAAUCUAAAUGUAGAGAUAAAUGGGAAGAUGAAAUCAAAAUUGGCUUAUAAGAAAUUGAUUAAAGUUUAUAAGCUGAUGAUAAAUUUGAAUUAGGUAGUGUACCUGUUGAUUUACAUUAAAUGAUUUUAAAAUGUUUUAGUGUUAAAUGUACUAAAAAUUAGUUAAACAAUCCUCCUGAAAAUCUUCACUAUGCUGUACGUUUUUCACCUAUGAAACCUUUUAAAGAAGUCUAGAAUUCAUUGUAUUAAGAUAAAGUGGUGGUAGAUGGAAGUAUUAUUUAUAUAUUAUAAUUAAUUUUAGAUACAAAAUUAUUUUAGAAGCAACACCACCAGAUGAAGAUGAUGUUAUAAUUAUUAACUCACCUUUAAAUAAAACUACUAAUGUCUCAUUUAAAUUAACGAAUAAAACUAAAAAUUAUGCCAAAUUCUUUGCAGGUUUUACUCCAGAUUCAGAUGCAGAAUUUUCUAUCAUACCUAAAGUGGGUGAUCUAGAACCUUAUGGAAGAGAAGGAACUACCUUUGUGAUUUCAUUUACACCUAUAGAAUGCAAAUUAACCAUUCAAACUGUUGAGAUGUAUUGGUACUUCAAUCUUUAUUACCUUAUAGGUCAUACAUCAUUAAAGGAAUUCUUACCAAGAUAUGUACCACCUCAAAUCAAACAUUCUUCUAUUGA